AUGGUUUCAAAAUCCAAGCGAGUUGCUACUGCAGCUGCAAGAAAGGCGGCUGCACGCAUACGAGAAGCCGGAGAGAGUACUUCUCACACCUCAGCAGCAGGUGAUUCGUCUCCUGCUGCUGUGAACAGUCCACGCGGUAAGUCACCACGUGCGACAGGUAUAUUCGAUGCGUCUACAGCGGGUACCGCGAAGUGUAAUCCAGAUGAGCCUGAAAUAGAGCUCAUCUAUUCGGGCGAACCGGAUGAUGUAUCCGACUUGAAGGCGACACCUCACGCCUCCGGAUCACCCGGGGCGGACACUACAAGAGCCAUGUUGGCUGGCUCUGGUCAACUUGGUGGCAUCAUGCUCGAGAUCUUCGGAUCGAGUGAUUAUUUCGAUGAAUCUCCGCCUCACGCAAGUCCAUUCAACGAUUGGACGCGUGGGGAUGGUGGUAACGCACCUAUACAUCACCACGAGCGAAGCAACUCGAGAGAUAGAGGUGUCACUAAUGUCAGUGCUCAUAAAAGCACCAAUCAAGAGGCCAGGGACCAAAAUGUACUGCGCCACGCUCCUCAAGUGGAGUCUCCGUGGAUGCAGUCAUCCAGAGAGUUGGACCGGUUGGCCGGCAUGACUACUGAACGGGACCAAAUCCCAUUGUUCGGCUGUAGGAAGAUCUACCCUCCUAAAUCCAGCACGGAAACUAUCCGUGCCGAGGAAGAAUUCUACACCGAUGCAUUUUGCAAACAUCGGUGGUACAGUGGCAGCCGGGUUCGAGACGGUAAAGCCUUGGCGCAAGGAUUAAAUGCCCUCAUACAUAACAUCGAGUGCAUUGAACGUGAGGCUGGCUGGGUAAACGUGAUGCAGCUCGCGUCAGAUUUGAGAAACGUAAUCCAGUCGGGGUGCGAUACAAGUUGCACCGUCUGUCAAGAGAGUCAGGAUUGCCCUAUCUCUCGUAGGGCAAUCAAUGUCCAGUGGGGGGCGCGCAUCUCUUCUGAGAUGGCCGAAGAGAUUGACACUUUGAAAUCCCUGUACUCGCGUUCGGUGAGGUCGUUUUCCGACGGCCCUACUUCGAACGCAGCGGGUGGGUCUCUUCAUAUUGCUCUACGAGACCCAGGACAUCAACAAUCAGCUGGGAACAAGGCUCCCAGCUGUCCCACGCCGGUGGAUAGCCACGCCACCGAACGAGGUAGCUCGUCUGGACGCCCUUCACGUCUUGGUGAUUCAAGAUACACUCCACUAGAAAGCGUUGAUUACCGCCAGAAUCCACCAAAGGGUAUGGUGGUAGCAAGAACAACUGAUCCGGAUCGAGGGUCGGACCAGCUUGAUGUUCAGGAGCUGAACCGUGUAACUGAACAGCGCACGAUCAAUCGAACAAUUGUGCCGCGUUUGCGUUCGCGCAACCUGAGAACGAACGAAGGUUCGGUUCGUUCUCUUCGUGGCGAGCUGGCUGCUGAUCGUCGAGAAAUCGCUCAACUGCGUGAGCAGGUCGCUUCGCUAGUAGACCAGACUGACUCGUAUAAAUGGGACCACUCGAAGGUGGUCUCGGCUCUCGACCGCGGAGGUGUUCUUCGCAUCUCGAAACGGGCUCGUACUGAUAGUACGGGCGGAGACGACCGACGUAAAACGUAG